AUGGACUUCUUCAAAACAAAAUGGCACACUACAACGAUAUUGCUGUGCACCUAUGGAUUUCUCAAAGAAUUUCGUCCAACAGAACCUUUCCUCUAUCAGUACGAGCAUGAAACGUUGAACAUCUCCGAGCACACCUUGAACGCCGACGUUUAUCCGAUUUGGACGUACAGUUACUUGGUUGCUCUCAUACCUGUUUUCUUGCUUACUGAUCUGCUGCUGUAUAAACCGGUGAUAGUAUUGGAAGCGUUGGCGUACAUUGCAGUUUGGAUCAUUUUUGUGUUCUUCGGUUCAGUUCUGGCCCAACAGAUCCUCGAAUUCUUCUAUGGUUGGGCUACAGCUACCGAAAUAGCUUACUUCGCUUAUAUCUAUGUUAAUGUGUCAAAGAAGAAUUUUCAGAGGGUAACUUCGUACACACAUGGAGCGCUUCUUCUUGGUCGAUUUGCGUCCUACUCAUUAGCACAACUGAUUAUUCUGCUGAAAUGGGGGACGUACCAAACACUCAACAUUAUCUCAUUGGCAGUACUUGGGGUCGCACUGAUAUUUGCCCUUGCUCUACCACCAGUUUCAUGGAAAACCGCCUAUGAAAAGAAACUCAUCGCUGUAGGAUUGAAGCCGGAGACUGUUCCGAAGAACAGCACAACGUACAAGGAUUUCGCUAAACUCCAUUUUAAGACAUUGAUAAGCGACAUUAAGAAAAUUUACGGAAAUAUGUUCAUGAUGAAAUGGUCAUUAUGGUGGGCAUUGGCAAGCUGUGCGAAUUAUCAGAUAGGAAACUACACUCAGACGCUUUGGGGAACGAUCAUUGACGUGAAACAUUCCGAGGUCUACAAUGGAUUGACUGAGGCGUUGUGUCCUCUAAUAGGCCUUCCUGUUGUUCUACUCGUGCAGUAUCUUCGAUUAGACUGGUCUCGAUGGGGCGAACUUUGUCUCGCAAUGUGUUCUUUGUUAGACGCACUUGUACUUCUAUUUCUUUCCAAGACAAAUAGUCUUCUUGGUAUGUAUAUCGGAUACGUGGUGUACAGAGUUCUGUUCCAGGCAAUGAUAGCGAUUGCCCAGUUCAACUUGGCAAAUGGGCUAGAAAUGGCAUCAUAUGGACUUGUUUUUGGGCUGAACACUUUUAUAGCCCUUGUGCUUCAAUCAGUUCUUACACUUGUCGUUGUAUCCUCUUUCGGUCUAGCUCUAAGCAUAAGACCCCAGUUCGAAGUGUAUUCUGGCUACCAUUUCGUCGUUGCAGCCAUCUUUAUCGUCCCACCACUGUAUCGAUUUUUCAAAACACGUUGUUAUAGAUAA